AUGGCUGCAGCAGCAAUCACCCAUUCGCUGCCUGAAGAUGUUGUGGUGGAUAUUCUGGCAAGAUUACCUGUCAAAUCUCUAAAGCGAUUUAGGUGUGUUGAUAUCCGAGGUUAUUGCAAUGGCAUAAUUUGUCUUUGGAACAGUGUUGGUGGUGUUCUUUUGUGGAACAUUGGGACUAAGGAAUUUAAAAUUCUCCCCAUGUGUCCUUUUGAGUAUCCGCCAAGCUAUAAAAAUUGUAUUGAAGUAGCUGGUCUGGGUUAUGAUUCCAAGAGAGAUGAGUAUAAAGUAAUUAGGUUUGACACAUUUUGGGACGGUGAUUUCAAAUAUAACGACCUCAGCGCUCCCCGAGGUAAGCGAGUUGCUUUGUACAACUUGACUACUGAUUCUUGGAGAAAGUUCAAUGACAACUUGAAUGUUGAUUUCUUCUAUGUUUCUACGAACAAUCAAGUCUACUCCAACGGAUUUUAUCACUGUUGGGCAGUUGUUGAUAAUGAAGAUUUGCUCCUUUCAUUUGACAUGAGUAAUGAAGUUUUCGUUGCAACACCAUUUCCUGAUGGGGGUUUGGGAAAGAGCUGUAGAACAACAUACUAUCUUACCUAUUUAAUGGAAAUCAACGGAUCACCUGGAGUCGGUAGCAAUGGUGAAAUCUUCUUUGAGAAUGAAGAAGGCGACUUUCUGGCCUGGCAUCAUCCAAAUAACCAAGAGAUAAAGACACUCCAAUUUGAAGGGUGUGCAUUAGAGCUAGCAAUGUAUGCAGAGAGCCUAGUUUCUCUGCAUGGAGGAACUACAUUCAACCAUUAG